AUGAAACCGAAUAUUGAAACAGUUUCAAGAGCAUUAUCUCCUUUGUUUGUACCUGUCGAUAAGCGGAAUGCCGUUUCGGAUGGAGUGUUCUGUUUUGAAAGGAUGCGGACGGUAUCGCGCAUUAGUCACCAGAACGGUAGGGGCAUGGGCUGA